GUGGCCUUCGCGGCGAUGGCGCUCUUCCUCGCGCCCUUCUCGUACCUCGCGUUCGUGCACUACCCGCUGGACGCCGAUCUGCGCCGGUCCAUCCUCAUCUGCGGGGCCAUCAGCCUCGUCGGCUUCUUCGUCGUGCUCCGCCUCGUCCCCGUCGCCGCCCGCUACCUCCUCCGUCGCGGGAUGUUCGGCAAGGACAUCAACAAGAAGGGCUUGCUCAUGGGCGAGAUCAAAGUGCCCGAGUCACUGGGAAUUGUUGUUGGGAUUGUCUACUUGGUCAUUGCUAUUAUAUUUCAACAUUUCAACUUCGCACCGGAUUCCAUUUGGCUUGUUGAAUAUAACGCUGCAUUAGCGUCAGUCUGUUUUAUGAUUCUUCUUGGAUUUAUUGACGAUGUUCUUGACAUUCCAUGGAGAGUCAAACUGGUGCUGCCUGCAUUUGCAGCACUUCCUCUGUUGAUGGCAUAUGCUGGUGGUACUUCCAUCAUCAUUCCGAAGCCUCUAGCAUCCUAUGUUGGAGUAGAAGUUCUGGAGUUAGGUUGGAUGUACAUGCUCUUCAUGCUCUUGUUAGCAGUUUUUUGUACAAAUUCGAUCAACAUACAUGCUGGCCUGAAUGGUCUUGAAGUUGGGCAGACAGUCGUCAUAUCUGCUGCGGUAUUGAUACACAAUGUAAUGCGCAUAGGAUCUUCCAAAGACCCUGAAACUCAGCAAGCUCAUGCAUUCUCUAUUUAUCUUGUCCUUCCUUUCCUGACCACGUCAUUAGCUUUGCUGGGCUUUAACUGGUAUCCUUCAUCUGUUUUUGUUGGUGAUACCUACACCUAUUUUGCUGGGAUGACUUUGGCUGUGGUAGGUAUUUUGGGGCAUUUCAGUGAGACAUUAUUGCUCUUCUUCUUACCUCAGGUUCUUAAUUUCCUGUGCUCAGUACCACAGCUCUUUCACUUUGUUCAUUGCCCAAGACAUAGGUUGCCAAGUUUCGAGAAACGGACAGGAAUGCUGACAGGUACCAAGGAUGGUAACCUUGUUAACAUAUUCCUUAGGCUGUUUGGGAAGUGCUCAGAGAAGUCCCUUUGUAUAAGGCUUCUUAUAUUUCAGGCUCUUUCAUGCCUGUUCUGCUUUUGGCUGAGAUACAUGCUCACUGGGUGGUACAAAUGAAUGAUGGAUGUUGCUCUUCAGCUUAUCUGUAUACUAGCAGGUAGCAGCUGCGCAGAACCUAAUUCCAACAGGAGUAACUGAGAGAUACUUUUCUUAGUGUUGCAUGCAACACUGCCCCCCUUCAUCUAGGUUCUCUGGAGCCUUCGAUUUUGUUUCACUUUCUGUGUGCUAACAACAGAACAUAUGGUUAGAAGGUUUUGCAUUUUUUUUCUUUACUGCAGUUUAAAGCAAUAUACUUGUAAACCCUGUACAAUGACUUCCAAAAAAAAGGUAGCUUGCAAUUAGUUC